CUCUAAUGAUUGGUUGACAAUAGAGCAUACCACAAUUUGUUUUUGAAUAUAUUCUUAUUUAUUUAACCUAGGCAAGUCAGUUAAGAACAUAUUCUUAUUUACAAUGACAGUCUACACCGGUCAAACCCAGACGACGCUUGGCCAAUUGUGCGCCACCCUGUGGGUCUCCCAAUCACGGCCGGUUGUGAUACAGCCUGGAGUCGAACCUGGAUGUCUGUAGUGACGCAGUGCCUUAGACCGCUACGCCACUCGGGAGCCCGAUGCAUGCGAUGGCUGUCGGAUGAAGUUGGUGAAGGGCAGUUGCAGUCAAAACUUCGUUUGAUCACAUGAUUUCUGUAAAGUUCAUGCAGUCGACAUGUCGGCGUAAAUCUGAUUAUUUUUUAUAAUGCAACACACUUUGAAAGGCAUGUGAACAGCGAUGGUCACCGAUUUGACAAAAGUGUUGCGCUCGAACACACAUAUUGACUUUCCCCUCCCCAAACCCCGGUCUGGUCUCUCGAAUGUGCUUCUCGACUUGUUUCCGGAAUUAUUGUGAUGUUGCGCCUCUCGGUUUGAAAUCUGUGCUACUGAGUUUGAGAAACACACACACCCACAACAUUGUUUUAUUAGGCCUACACCAUUAUGAAAUUAUAAAAGUGCUGUGAACUAAUUAAGAUAUAAUUUCGCCAAAACCUUGGCAGGUUGAACGGAAUUGGGUGGGUGGGCGUCUUUUAAAUUGUUGUGAAAUGGUCAUGUAUGCUGUAUUUCGCAAUAUUCCGUGGAUUGGAUGGUUACCGGAAUAACUGGAAUUUGAACAAUGAGUCACGCGAUUUAAAAAAAAAAGUCACCUUUCUCCACGAACAGAAAGACUAAAAAUGCUUUCAGUUUUUCACAUAUCUACAUUGACGAAAGGCUUCAACUAGUACAGGUGCCUUCUCCAGCCCACCCUGUGCUAUUGCCUAGAGGGUGAGGAGACAGUUGUGACAAUCGCUUUCACGAUAUGUGAGGCAAAGGUCCGACGGAGGAAUCGGUCAAACUGUUGCUGAACACAAAGCUCGUGUUACUAUGGAUAUUCAGAGGAACGGAUUCAAAAGAGAAAGUUACAUUCUCUCUGUGGACGUGGGGACAACGUCGAUCAGAUGUCACGUUUUCGACAAGGAAGCCCAGAUUCGAGGAUCAUGUACCACCAAGGUGAAUCUCUUGUAUCCUGAACCGGGCUUGGUCGAGUUGGACCCCGAAGAGCUGUGGAGAGGAUUCGUUAAGGUGGUGAAUGGUGCUGUGCAAGACUCAGGUUUACAGAUGCGUCAGAUGGAGACCCUGGGCAUCUCCACUCAGAGAGGCACCUUCACCACGUGGGACAGGAAAACAGGAGUUCCCUUUCACAACUUCAUCAGCUGGCAGGACUUGAGGGCAGUGGAGCUGGUGAGGUCCUGGAACAACUCCUGCACCAUGAAGGCGAUCCACGGCAUUAUGAUGGUGCUGCACUUCCUGUCCAAAAAUAAGCGCUUUCAGGCGGCCAGCCUCAUAGUCUUCUCCACCCAACACGUCACCUUCCGCCUGGCCUGGGCCCUUCGACACUGGAAACAGUUAAGUCAAGCAGUAGCAGAGGGCACCUGCUGCUUUGGGACGAUAGACACCUGGUUGCUUUAUAAGCUCACAAAAGGAUUGGUCCAUGCCACAGACUACUCUAAUGCCAGUGCCACUGGGAUGUUUGAUUCGUACCAGUUGUGCUGGAGUGAAUUCCUCUGCUCUCUCGUCUCGCUGCCUCUCUCCAUCCUCCCCAAAGUACUGAACACUGGUCACCGCUUUGGCUCAACCGAUCCCUCCAUCUUUGGGGUGUCGAUCCCUAUUAUGUCUGUUAUGGCAGACCAGCAGGCGGCCAUGUUUGGUGAGUGCUGCUUCGACAUCGGUGAUGUGAAGAUCACCAUGGGAACGGGCACCUUCAUGAACAUCAACACUGGGAGCAAGCCACACACGUCUGUGGCCGGUCUCUACCCUGUUGUGGGGUGGAAGAUCGGCCCAGAGGUGGUGUAUCUAGCAGAGGGCAAUGCAGCAGACACUGGCACAGCCAUUAAGUGGGCACAGGAGCUGGAGCUGUUCUCAGAUGUACGGGAGACGGAUGCCAUGGCCAACAGUGUGGCCAACUCGGAUGGUGUGUGCUUCGUUCCCUCGUUUAGUGGCCUGCAGGCUCCUUUAAACGAUCCCAAAGCAUGCGCCUCUUUCAUGGGCCUAAAACCAUCCACAACCAAGAGUCACCUGGUCCGAGCCAUUCUGGAGUCUGUUGCAUUUAGGAACAAGCAGCUCUAUGAGACGAUGCUUAGAGAAACACACAUUCCCAUCAGGAAGAUCAGGGCGGACGGUGGCAUUUGUACCAAUGACUUUGUCAUGCAGCUGACUGCGGACCUGUUUGGCAGGAAGGUCGCUCGGCCGACCCAACACGAAAUGUCCUGCCUGGGGGCAGCCUUCGUUGCUGGACUGGAAGUUGGCUUCUGGAAGAGUCAGGAGGAGCUGAAGAAACUACAGCGCACUGACCGAGUCUUCCUACCUCGGAAUUUGUACAGAGUGGGUGAUGGGGGCACGGAGGGCGAGUACACACCCAUUCUGCAGAGAUGGGAACAGGCGCUGAAACGCUCCAUGAACUGGUACGGCAAUCCAUGAGGCUCGUAGGACAGUGAGACGGACGUAGGCUUACAGUUGGGUGGACGCACAGACGGGACCUCUGGUGCUGCUAACCAAAGCCCAAUGACUGCCACUAUGAUGUCUGACCUCUCAAUAGUAUCUCUCUGUCCAUGGGUUGGACAGAUGGGGAAAAUACUUAUUUUAAAAAAAAAUCGUAUUAUUCGAAGUAAACGCUUGUCUGACAUGACUAGAUCUGUAAAAUGUAGUAUAAUCCAACUGUGUUAUAUUAGUGACUAUGUCAAGUAAGGAAGGAUAGGACGAAGGAGAAUGCAUUUGAAAAAUAUUGGAACUGGGUUUUAGGACCGAGUGGACCUCUAAUGCUGCUGAACCUUAUGACCUUUUGACUUGAGGCCCUGGCCAGGCGAUCAAGAUUAUUUUGACCCCAUACAACCUUACCUAACUCAUUACAGCACACGAGGAAAACGUUUUCUGAACGUUUCACGACCGUGAACUAAACUGACUUUCUCGUAGUAGUCUCUCCCUGUUCCAGUGUUUUCAUUGUGUCUGAUGGACACCACCCAGGUGUCUAGUCUCUCCCUGUUCCAGUGUUUUCAUUGUGUCUGAUGGACACCACCCAGGUGUCUAGUCUCUCCCUGUUCCAGUGUUUUCAUUGUGUCUGAUGGACACCACCCAGGUGUCUAGUCUCUCCCUGUUCCAGUGUUUUCAUUGUGUCUGAUGGACACCACCCAGGUGUCUAGUCUCUCCCUGUUCCAGUGUUUUCAUUGUGUCUGAUGGACACCACCCAGGUGUCUAGUCUCUCCCUGUUCCAGUGUUUUCAUUGUGUCUGAUGGACACCACCCAGGUGUCUAGUCUCUCCCUGUUCCAGUGUUUUCAUUGUGUCUGAUGGACACCACCCAGGUGUCUAGUCUCUCCCUGUUCCAGUGUUUUCAUUGUGUCUGAUGGACACCACCCAGGUGUCUAGUCUCUCCCUGUUCCAGUGUUUUCAUUGUGUCUGAUGGACACCACCCAGGUGUCUAGUCUCUCCCUGUUCCAGUGUUUUCAUUGUGUCUGAUGGACACCACCCAGGUGUCUAGUCUCUCCCUGUUCCAGUGUUUUCAUUGUGUCUGAUGGACACCACCCAGGUGUCUAGUCUCUCCCUGUUCCAGUGUUUUCAUUGUGUCUGAUGGACACCACCCAGGUGUCUAGUCUCUCCCUGUUCCAGUGUUUUCAUUGUGUCUGAUGGACACCACCCAGGUGUCUAGUCUCUCCCUGUUCCAGUGUUUUCAUUGUGUCUGAUGGACACCACCCAGGUGUCUAGUCUCUCCCUGUUCCAGUGUUUUCAUUGUGUCUGAUGGACACCACCCAGGUGUCUAGUCUCUCCCUGUUCCAGUGUUUUCAUUGUGUCUGAUGGACACCACCCAGGUGUCUAGUACUGGAAUAGAUCAAAUAUGUAGAAUGGAGAUGAGCUACAAGAGGAAACUGAACCAAACCAUGUGACCUCUGGUGGUUACUAUCCACCCAUGCUAGAACCAAUGGAUUCCCAUUGAGACCAAUACUCUGUGUAUUUCCAGUGAGACCAUAAAUACACGUUUUAUGAGAUACAAGAUUGGCUCACCUUCUGUGGGCCUUCAUAUAUAUAUAUAUUUCUUUUUAAAAAUUGGAAUAAAAAACUAUAAGCAAAUUAUAUUAAUUCUUAUGGUCAUAAAUUGAAUGAAUGGUCCCUUCUCAGAAAUCAUCAGUAACUGCUCUCUACGGUGUACCAUCUCUAUUGCCUGGUUGGUUACCCAGACUCCUUGCUCUGGCCAAACGCUUACGCCAGGCCUGCUGACGUUAGUUUCUUCUCCGAGUCUGGAUCUGAGUACCUGCCUGACAAGUUCUAGAAUGUAAACGCAUUUGAACUGUUCUGACCCUGAAUAAAAACCUACUUGGACCUUAAAGUGGUAGGUAGCCUAGUGGUUAGAGUUGGGCCAGUAACCCAAAGGUUGCUGGAUCGAAUCUAUGAUCUGACGAGGUAAUAAUCUGUCGUUCUGCCCCUGAACAAGGCAGUUAACCCACUGUUCCUAGACCGUAUUUGUAAAUAAGAAUUUGUUCUCGUAAAAUAAAUAAAUAAAGCAAUAUGUGUCGUUCUUCUUUUCAGUUUGCUGCAGCUAGUGACUGGAACGGGCUGCAACAAACACUCAAACUAGACAGUUUUUCUUCUCAUUUAUCUUUAUUCAAAGACUCAAUCAUGGACACUCUUACUGACAGUUGUGGCUGAUUUGUGUGAUGUAUUCUUGUCUCUACCUUCUUGCUCUUUGUGCUGUUGUCUGUGCCCAAUAAUGUUUGUACCGUGUUUUGUGUUGCUACCAUGUUGUUGUCAUGUUGUGUUGCUACCAUACUGUGUUGUCAUGUGCUGUUGCCUUGCUAUGUUGUCUUAGGUCUCUCUUUUAUGUAGUGUUGUCUCACUUGUCGUGAUGUGUGUUUUGUCCUAUAUUUGUUUUUAUAUUAAAAAUAUAUAUAUUUUUAAUCCCAGUCCGUCCCCAGCCUUUUUGUUUGUUGGGAGGCCGUCAUUGUAAAUAAGAAUUUGUUCUUAACUGACUUGCCUAGUUGAAUAAAUCAAUAAAAUAAAUAAACAUAGAGAGAAAUAACAUAUUGGAUGUCAUGUAAAGGCUCUAUAAAGGCUCAUGCAUACUUAUAACAAGAUUUAAAGCAUUAUACUGAAGGCAUGAAGUAAAUUAUCACACAAUCUUUUAAUCAGUCAGUGUUGGUAGACCGUGUCAAGUGCCUCAUUGCAGUUCCCCCCCGUGUCCAGGAGAGGGAGCUUGUCACUGCUUUUCAACAGAGUUCAGGAACACCAUGGACAAUUCUACACAUAUGAUGCAUAUACUGUUGGCUCUCAAAAGGCUUCCUCUCCUUGUCUACUCUCCUCUGUCUCUGCACUAAUACGAGGGUUGUGUACGGCGGUAGGCCACUGGGACACUUGUUUUCACUGAUCCAGAACUUUUUCAGAGCAGCGUAAUGAACGAAGGAAAGGUGACAAGGAGACUAUAGGAUUUGAUAGAAUGACCUAAUAUAAUACUUUUGAGUAUCGACCCUCAUUUGCCUGCAUGCUUGAAUCAGAAACUCUUAUUUUUAUGUAUGUUUAAUGUUCUUACAGACACUGAUUAUUGUGAUUGUGGUUUACAUGAACUGGAAAGACUUGAACUGUUAUUGGAGAGGAAUAUUGCACAGUGUUACUUUAGCCCCGUGUUAUUAUGAACUAAGAGAAAGUAUCUGUUGUCUCUGUUUCUGCCAUUUCAAUGGACUGAGUGCUUCCAACAGCCUACAUGGAGAUCGUGCUGCUUAAUUCUGGCCCUUAUGGGCCACCAUACCCUAAUGUACUAUUGGAUAUUUGUGACAUUUUUACAAAUGUAUUGUAUUGUAUUGCUAUCCAUCUCUCUCCAUUUCUGUUGUCUGCCUACCCCCCCCAAAGAACAUCAAAUGAAGGAGAUUACAUGUUAUCAAAUAGGAUGCUGAUGUUUUAACACUUGAACAAGACUAUUUGAAACCCUACUCUUUAUGUAUAACUGUUGUUAAAACAGUUGCCAAGUACUUACUUGUAAGCACGAAACAUUUUUGAUUUGUCUAUACAUUGUUAACCAUUUGUCUGUGGAUACAAUUGGGAGAAUAGUGUUGUGUAAUAAUGGUUACACGGUUAAUAGUAACAUUAAAAUCUUACAUGAUAUAAA